AAGGGGAUAAUCAGGCAGGCUGGUUUACAGUUAUAAAAGACAUCUGGAAAAUGGCGUACCAGCAACAGCCUUUUUACAGCCCUCAAAUCCCUUUUACUGGGUCAAUCCAAGGAGGACUGAGGGAUGGCAAGAGUAUCACUGUAAAUGGACGAGUUUUACCAGGAGCCAACAGGUUCCAUGUGAAUCUCCAGUCUGGUUCCAGACCAGAUGCUAACAUUGCCCUGCACUUUAACCCACGCUAUGACUCCAGUUCAGGAUACAUAGUAAUCAACACCAAGCAGAAUAACUGCUGGGGAACAGAGGAACGCAUACACCAGGCCCUCUUCCCCAUGGGAAGCCCUUUCAACCUGCAGAUUCUGGUCAAACACCACUCAUACAAGAUAAGUGUCAAUGGCAUCCAUGUCACGGAUUACAAGCACCAUAUCCCAUUCAACAUGGUGGACACUAUCGCAGUGGAUGGGAUGGUGGCAGUUAAUACUAUCAGUUUCCAGGAUGCCGAGGUGCCUUCAGCUGCUGCCCAAGCAAGCUAUAGUGUGCCAUACAAAACCACCAUCAAUGGUGGCCUGUGGCCCAACAAAAACAUUUCCAUCCAAGGGGUGGUGAAUCAUCAGGCUUCCAGAUUUGUGAUAAACCUGCGUCACAGAAAUGGGAUUGCCUUUCAUUACAAUCCUCGCUUUGAUGAGAACUUGGUCGUGCGCAAUACCCAAACAAUGGAGCAGUGGGGCUCAGAGGAGCGCUCCGGAGAAAUGCCGUUUCACAAGGGACAAACCUUCCAGGUGAUCAUCUCCUGCAAUCCUCAGCAUUACAACGUGUUUGUCAAUGGUAAACAAACACACACCUACAACCACCGCUUCACUAACCUGUGGGAGAUUGAUGUUCUGGAGGUGUCUGGUGACCUGAGCUUGACUGGUGUAAAUGUUUAACUUUUUUUUUGUGUGUGCAAUAUUUUUUCUGGCACAUUUUUAACCAAGUCGUAGUUACAUUUUAUCUGUAAACAGUGAACUGAUGGAUUUCAAAUUAAAGCAACACUAUUCAUAGACACCUUCUUUUUCAGGCUGAAAUGUGAUCAUUAAAAUAAAUGACUGUUUAACCCAUGACUAAAAUAUAAUUACUGAGAAUUUUUCUAUGCACUUUUACUCUGUAUUUCAAUACACUGGUACAUCAGGCCCAGGCAGAACACACUUUUGUGGGGUCAGACUCAUUCGUACUUGGAGACAAUUUGGAGCAGUAAAUACACCUACUGGAAUGUUUUGUGUAAACUGAAAACCCAGAAGAAACCCACUCAGACAUAAGAAAUUGCAGUGGUUUUCUACAUCUUUUGCCCUACUGCUGCGGGGUUGAUUUGGGUAGGGUUAAGCGGGUAGGUUUAAGGGCUUUGCCUAAGGGCCCAACAGUGGCAGCGAAGCAAUGCUGGGUCUCAAACCCUCAAUGUCCUGAUAAACAACCCAGUGCCUUAACUGUUGAGCCACCAUCAUCUUUACAUAUGAAACUGCAAUGAUACCUUGUUAGUUUUAUUGCCUUAGUAUUAACAUAGACAAGUAAAAUAGCGCCAUCUGGUGUUACAUAUCUGUCAGUAUUCUGCUUUGUUAUUUCAUGUCUUUCCUGAAGAUAGUAGUAAAUGUCAGUACAAAAAAAGAUGACAGUAAAAUCUCCAUUUAUCUGACGUUA